UACGUUACAUCAAUUCAAUGUAGAUAUUACCUAUGCAUGAUAUAUUUAUUGACUGAUUUGAUUUGAAUUAAUAAAAACAAAAUAGGCAGAAUAGCGGCUAAUAGUACCUACUUGACGAGAUGGGCAUAUGGCUUACACAUGAAAAUUAAUAACCUAGCCAAUUUUACCGCACGUGUGUUGGUUACGGUAAUUAAGAAUAACUAAACAGAUAAUAGGCACGCGUCAGUGUCUGGCGAUUGGAAAAUGAGAUGUAGCGAAAGUGAGCUGUUCUUUUUUUUUGGGAUUUCAAAUGGUCGAGAGUAGGUUUUUGUGGUGGUAGAAGUUGAAAUGUAUGCCAGUAGGAGAGACUAUAUUAGAUUAUUAUGCUUCGGCGUAGUUAAGGAACCCGUUCACCUGGUAACAUUAUUCUUUAUUACUGUCGGCCCCACAAAACGAGAAAACACCGCGACUAAUCUUAUUGACACACGGCUUUGUGGACCGAUGACCUUUCUUGGAGAGUUUGUAUUUUAUUUUUUUUUGAGUGGUCAGUUGUGACUUGCGAGUGCCUAGUUCGGUCGCGGGUCGGCUAUGCUAUGGGUUACUGUAAUGUAAUCAAGUUAUGUCAGGUUUUAUGGUUUGUGCUAGUCCUGGACAGCGUAGUCAGCCAGAGUCUGGGGAAAUGUCCGAAAAAAGAAACGAUGAAGAAUUUCAACACGAAAGAGUUUGAAGGACAAUGGUUUGAAGUAGAAAAAUCAUUUUACAUGAUGGAAAUGGCAGCCAGUUGUACUUCGUUUAACUUUACAUCAAAUGCCGACGGAUCUUUCAAAGUCUACGUGGGUACUAAAAACCGGAUAACUGGAAAUCCUAAUGUGUUUUCUGGUACCGCCACGCUCAUAUCCAAACAUAACGCAGUGCUCAAGUAUCAGGCCGACAGCCGGUUGCCCAAUGUGUUAUCACGCAUGGCUCCCACGUCGGGUCUCUACUACAUAAUAUACUCAGACUACAAGAAUUACACAAUAUUAUGGUCGUGUACGAGUUUUGGGCUGUUUCACUCGGAUAUCGUUUGGGUUUUGGGAAGAGAUAGAGAUUUAACAGCUAGUUCCAGGGCAGAACUAUACAGUUUAUUGUACGAUUUUGGUUUAAACCCAGACCGACUAAUACUGACUAAACAUGAAAAAUGUGACGACUUUUUCAAUUGAAACUAAAAUAGGUAAAAUAUUCAUCAAUUAAUUUUGUAUUUUGUUUAAUCGUAUUGUGCUAGUCAACAAAAUAAAUUAUAUUUUACUUAUAUAUUUUAAUUAUCAAUACUUAAUUUAACGACAGUCGCAAAAUAUUUAAUGUACUUUGUUUUUUUAUUGUAUUCCAAGAAAAAAUAUAAUACUAUGUUUUACAUAUUUUAUUGAAUUUUGUAAGUUGCUCAUUUUAUAUAAAUUUUAUGUAUUAUUUAAGCUAAGUAAUUAAAAUUUUUAAGUAUUUAACACAUUGUCACACACAUACUCAAAUUUAUUUUAUUUUGUAUGUUAAGUGUAUGCUCACUGCAGCCAAAUGAGGAAUUUGUAUUAUACAAGAAUAAAGAUUACCAAUAAAAAAGUUUAUAUUCUUUUAGGUUUACGUUGUGUACAAUGUUUUAUUCGAUAAGUUGUUAAACUAUAUUAAAAAAGAUCUAAAAUUCUGUCCGUAAAAAGUGACCUAUUCUAUACUUGAUUUAAUAUAAAAUAUAUUACUUUAGUGGACGUUGA